AGGCACCUUGUCAGAUAAUUUCCAUGGCCACUAUUAAUAUCGUCUAAUUCCAGCAUGUCAACCACAACGUCAAGAGAUGGAGCCUCGGUGAGCGGUAAAUACAUUCAACUCUUUGCGAUCGUGUUCAUAGUGCUUUCAUCAGCGGUCGGAUCAUGGCACAAGGAAUUGGUCCUAUUGAGUGCCAUCGUGGCGGGUGUCAAUGAUUUGCAAGGGCAACAACAAAGAAAACUAACUUCAAGCGACACCGAAACGAGAGAGGAGCCAAAAGAACCCUGGGAACCCAUGCCAAUUUCGGAACUGACACGAGGCAACCAGCCACUUCCCAACUGCACUUAUCCGUAUGUGGCCGUGGCCGAUAUAAUUGCCGAAACGGAUCCGUACUUGGAAGCCGACGGCGUGACGCGACGAAAGAUUCCACGCUCCAUUCAUCUGGCAUGGGUCAGUGCCAACGAUGCUGCGCCACGACAGGGUCGAUGCCUGCACUAUCUACAAGCCGAAACCUUUCAAAAAUGGAACACAGCCUUUCCCAACUACAGUGUCUACUUUCACGAUGAUGACGCCGUGGAUGCUCUGCUGGAUCCCAAGAACUGGCCCGAGUUUCCACAACUGGGUCAAGCCAUGAAAUGCGCCAAAAUGAGAGGUGCCAUGCUGGUGGAUAUCUGGCGCCUGCUAGUGCUGUACAAGUACGGUGGAUUCUAUGCGGAUCUGGACCUCUUGCCCAAACCCGACUUUACCGAAGAUAUCAUUUCACCUGAUGUGGACUUCUUUGCCUUUUCCGAUGCCUGGUCGAGACCCACGCAGGGUUCCUUUGCCAUGGCACCGGGACAUCCCAUCGGAUACUACAACAUUCACGAGGUCAUGAGUCGCAUACUGAACCUGGACGACAUUGCCCAUCUAAAAUUGGUAUUCGUGACGGGUCCAGAGGCAUUCAAGUUUGGCUAUGGCUUGGCUCUUGGGUGGAAAAAGGAUCUCAUCUUCGGGAAAGGUACAUUCAAAGGUGACUACAAUGCCACGGCCAAAAAGGUGGGACACUUUGAGAAAGAUAAGGUGGGAAUGCAAACCAACGUCGAUUACAUCGUGCAGUUACCCGGCGGAGGCAACAUGACGUAUAAAGAGAAAAUCAAGGAGGACACCGGAGUUCGGCAUUGGCAAAAGGAAAUGAGAGAGAUUAGCAAAAGGGUCCCACAGAUGAGCUGUCGGGAAUACCUCUACAAGCUAGAACGGGAGACAGCAAGGUUUCCUCACCAAUAGCCUCGGGUCUUUCGCCAUCACUGCGCCUACAAUUUGUGCUCCGUUGGUGUACUCGGCCCGGUAACAGUUUUCCGGAACUAAUGAAUAUAUAGUUUGCACCGCCAAAGACCCUAAUUUACUUGCUGUUACCUAGACCAAACACCC